AGAUGUUUACUACCAGCAACGACCGACGGUCAUACUGCGCGCGUAUGGAACAAACGUUCCGCGAACCCAAAUAGAAAAACAAAAGCAAAGUUUGGAAACUAUGCUGUAGACGGACACGAUUACUUAAACUGCCGCAGCAGCACUUCGAGGAAAAAUGGCAGCGAAGCAGUCGGAGAGGCCGGAGAAGCGGGAGAAGCAGGAGCAGCCGCAGCGUGGCCUCAGCACGAAGGUGGCGCUGCGGCGUCUGCAAGAGGAGAUCGAACGGGUGCUGCUGGAACAUGAGCGGCAGUGCGGCGCGGAAAGCUCAUAUAUAAAAUUGCGAGCGGCGUUUGUUAAGCGCUACGACAGUCCGCUUGGUUGGCUUUCGAUCGGUACGAGCCUACUGGCCAGCGGAGCCCUCCUUAUCACGGGAAUGCUGUGGCCCGCCCUGUGCCUCUUGGCCAUUCUGUCGCUGGACCUUUUUGUAGUGGUCAGGGAAAACAACCUGAGGCGCACGGAGAUCUUCAGAAAGACGCGCCAUGCGCUGGCCGAACUCCGCUUGGCGGAGGAGCACUUCAGCGACGACUGGCAGUCGACGAACUAUCCGCAUUUGAGUAAUCCCAUGUCGCCAUGCGUUUCCCUGCAGUGGACUUAUCGUGACGGAAUCGUAGUCAACUUACCGUGGGCGUUGUUGGUGCGCGGAGACUAUAUAGUCCUGCGACCAGGCCACAUUUCACCCGGACCAUGCUACGAGCUGGAAACGAACAAGUUCUUUGCCGCCAACGAAAUUUAUGGGGCCACUCCUCAUGGCGAUCCUCCCGUGAAGCCCGUUGCACGCCCUCCCCUGGCCGAUCUCAUUUGUUGUUUGGAGAGCACGCCGUACCUGGACAACCUUAGCGUGUGCCUAAAGAAUUCCCUCAAGCGCCCGCCUACCAUCUAUAACCAGCAGCGUUAUCUGCUGGUAACCAAGUACAUACAACAGUGGGGCUUCAUUAGUGCUCUGGUCAUUACGCUCAUCUCGGGCCUGCUGCGUCUACACGGCUACGGGUUACCCACCGAUGAAAAGCACAACUGGCGUUUUGUUCUCAUCGAGUCCCCAGCAGCGGCCAUAAUACCCUUGUUGCCGUUGAUUUUUCCGCUUAUGUGGAUAUCCAUGAAUUUGUGGGGCAUCGCUCGGCUGCAAUGCUUUCUAAAGACGCCGCAGGUUGCCUCGGAGAAGAGUGCCAGCAAAUCGUUUGAGGAGGACCUGGACACACCAUCGUACGACUAUCAGAACGUCUCCAUGCAGCGUUCCAAUGUGUUCCGCAUCUGGAUGCAGCUCUGGCGGGGCGACAGUGAACUCUUGCCGCGCUCGGCCAAUCUGGUCCAGGUGCUCGGCUCCAUAUCGGCACUCUGCUGCGUGGAUAAGAAGGGCAUUUUGUCGUGGCCCAAUCCUACGGCCGAGAAGGUAUUCUUCCUACACAACACCGAAGAUGAGCCCUACGAGGACGGAGUGGGAGGCAGUCAGUCGUCAUCGCAAAGCGACAGUGACGAUGGGCCAGAUGUGGACGAGGAUCUUAACAAGGAGCGGGGCAUAGUGGCCGAGGUACUGGACCUCACACACGAUCAGCACUGUCCCUUUCGGCUGGAGUUUGACGACCACGAGUGGAAGGCGCACAUCAAGUCCCUGAAGCCGCUGGGCCUGGCCAUUCUGCUAAACACCUGCUCCCCGCUCACCCACGAGCACUACGCGCAGUUCUGCGGUCAUGUCACCGCCGUGGCCAUGCUGGACAAGGAUCUGGUGCCGGUGACCAAUCGGUACGCGUAUGCAUUAAUUGAGUCCAGUAAAAGCUUUUUGCAUGGACGCUGCCUCUGCGAGCUGGCCAAGCAGAUCGGAUUCACCGACCAUGCCACAGAUCGGUUUGCGCUGGAGGGACAACUGGCCAGCUACAGGCAUUUGCAACCUGAUGUCGUGCGCAGGGAUAUUCGCUUUGCCCGGCAGCUGCAGCUGUCGUCAAAGGUGAAGGUUCCGUUUCCGCACUCCCUUUCGGUGGUAAUGCGCGAGAAUCCGGGCGGUUAUCUGUCCCUAUUUACACAGGGAACGGCCGAUAUUAUCUUGGACUGUUGCGAUGAUUUCUGGGAUGGCAAGGAUCUGCGUCCGCUAUCCCCGCAGGAUCGGAAGCGGGCGUUAGACUUUUACCAGCGCAGUGCGCUAACCUCCUACUGCACAGCAUUCGCCUAUCGUCCCCUUAGGCACGGAAUCCAUGGAGCCCUAAGUGGUCCGCAGCAGAGUGGAGGUGACUGCCUAUAUCUGGAACUGCCGCCGGAGUCCAAGCUGCGCAUGCAGCACGUGGACAAAACGCACUGCGACUUCCAAGGAGGGCACCAUGUGAAACUCAGCCACAGCAUCAGCACCGAUUCGCUGCUAUUCUCGGAGAACAAGGACGAAGACUGCAACGAUGUUGAAGGUUGCUUCGAGAUGCAGUGCCACCAGGUUUUCAUCGGUAUGGUGACCAUGCAGUACCAGGCACAGAACGACAUUGUUCGUCUGGUAGAGCACCUGGAACGAGCCUGCAUUCGGUUUGUGCAUUUUAGCAAGGAGAACGAGUUGCGUUCGCGGGUCUUCUCUGAAAAAAUGGGCCUCGAAUCCGGUUGGAACUGUCACAUCUCGCUUCUUAGCGAACCCGAGCCGGAAGACGAGAAGGAGAAGGACCGAAGCACUGCCAAGACCAAGGACUUGCCGGAAAACACUGGUAAACUCCAAGCCACCUCAACCACUGCCACCACCACCACCACAACUGAUACCCAUGAGAACAGCCAUCAUCCUAGUGCCAAAGCCAUGUACAUAUCGUCCCCCGCACCCGCACCUGCCACAACAUCCGAAUCCGCAUCCGUAGCCCCAUCUGCAGCUAAAACCACUGACAUUGUAGGUGACGCGGGACCCGUCAUGAGUUAUCUCCUGGGGCCACCGAACAAUCUGGAGUCCUCAAAAACGCUUAGCUCCUCUGCACCCGGAGCAAUCUCAAAUCCAGAUGAAUACAACCCGCUGAAUGCGGCCAUCAACAGUGAAGAUGCCCAGUCUCCAGAUGGCGGAGGCAGCAAAGACAGCUCACAGGAAAGUUCCCCGCAUAUUGAGAUUGGAGAGGAUGAACUGGAGAGGACAGAACCUGAUCCUAAUAAGCACAACCAGCGCCAUUCGCUGGACUCCGCCAUGGACGAGAACUGCCGCUCGCUGAGCACUCUUACCGAAAGCACAGAUCAAAGUGCACCCAUCAACUUCGACAUGUCGAACAGGGCGAAACUGCCACGCGGCAUAGAAAACAUCCGGCCUCACUUGGAGCAGGUAGACAAUGUGCCCUUGCAGGUGUCCCUCUUCACGGACUGUUCGGCGGAGGCCACGCAACAGAUGCUGGAAAUCAUGCAGUCCUACGGUGAGAUCGUCGUCUGUCUGGGAAGCUCAGCCAGCAAUGCCAAUGCGGACAUCUUUCUGCAGGCUGAUUGCAGUAUAGCCGUGGAGCCCCUGUAUCCGCAGGUGUGCCAGGACGUAGACGCCUACACGGAGACCAAUAUCCACCACAACAAAUUGUUGUGGCAACGACAGGCGGGAAAGUCCAAGGCCGCCGCCGCCGAUGACGAUGAGGAGCUGCUGGAAAGCGGUCUUCAGGGAUGCGCCAUGCAGACACCUGCCCACACCGUUUCCCCACUGUAUCUGAGCCGGCUGCUGAACUCUCUGCCGUGCUCCAUCGCCGUUUGCCGCGACGACCCGCUUUCACUGGUGGCCAUAAUUGAGUUGUCACGUCGUUUCUCGCUGGGCCUGUGGAACUGCAUACAGUAUUGGGCCUGCUGCGCCGGCUCCAUCUCCAUUCUGAACGUGCUGUGCGCGUGCCUAUCGUUGCCGCCGCUCCUUACACCGCUGCUUGCCAUCUAUCUGAUGUGCGUGCCGGUGCCGCUGAUAGCCAUCUCACUGGCCCACAUCGACGUGGAUCCCAAAAUCAUGAAUCGGGCCACCAGCAAGAAGCAGACGGACUAUGAUUCGCGGGCCUUUGCAUUCGUUAUGUGGUGCUACGGCUGCAAGUUUAUUGUUCCGGUCAUAUCCUUGCUCGUUUCGUACUGGAUGUUCCUAUUGGAGCCCAAACUGUACCCAGGACCAGUGGAGAAAGAUGAAUUUGAUGAUGGCGAUGAUGAUGGAGACUACUAUCAGUUUUUAUACUUUGCCCGAAGCUGCGCCUUACUGGCCAUAAUUCUGCAUUUUGUUUUUAUAUCCUUUACAUUUGUCCAUCGUGAUCAUGCGCUCUGGCAGCGCAAUCCGUUUACAAAUCGCAUAUGGGCUAUUACGUGCUUAUUGCUCCUGCUUCUUCACGGGGUAAUCUGCUCCCUGCAACUCAUUUUGGAGGAUUUCAUGUCGCAGGUCCCAAACCUGUUGCUGGCCUUGGUGAUCCUAUUUGGUGGAAGUUUGCUGAGCCUGAUUGUCAGUGAGCUGGCCAAGUUCCAGGAGAACAAGGUCAAUGCACGCUAUCAGCGUCGAGCUCGCCUCGACUUUGGCACCAAACUGGGGAUGAACUCACCCUUUUAACAACCACGGCCAAGAAUCUUACCAAAAAGAAAAAAAGACGCCAGCGUUACACACAUGUACUUAGUGCCAAGGCUGUAUAUAACACCACCACUCAACACCCACUUCUUAUUGUUUUAAUUUUCUAUUCGGACUAACCAUAUUGGGGUCCUUGUUCGGCCCACGUACUUUUGUUUAUUUUAGUUUGUGACACGGCAAUCCCAAUGCGAGAGUAACGAUAAGCAUUUGUUAUUCAUGUUUCUAAAGCGGUUUGGUUCGUGUUCCUUGUUUCGAUGAGCUGUAACUCUUUAUGUACUUACAUUUAAAAGACUUGCAAU